UGCAGCUGUGCUAUUGUACUGGCCAGCAUUUGAAAACCACCAAAGGAGAAUGGUUGAAGUUGUAACAUAUAUACACAAAGGAAUACAGCACAGCUGGUAGAGAUGACAUUUAUGAAAUUUAUUUUCUUGCUACAGCUUGGAAUGUUGCUUAACUAAAUAAGCCAGGAGGAAGAUAAGUACCAGAUGAUACCACUCAUAGAUGGGAUCUAAGAUAUAAGGGACUGCAGUGAAGGUAGCAGGCAGACUUAAAGAGUGCUCAAGGUAGAUAGAAGGUUUUACAGCAAAGAGGACCUGCAUUCCUCACUGACCAACAAACACGCAUGGAGUCAUUAUCUCUCCCUGAGAGCAUAGAGGGACCAGACUUUGGUGGGACUGCCAGGAACGAAAAAGUUCUGAACUGCUUGUACCAAAAUCCUGGUGCAGUUUUCUGUCUGAUUUUGCUUCCCCUGGGUGGGAAGCGGAUCCAUUCACUUUGCCAAAUGGGGCCAGAAGAUUCACAGUUCACUGGAAGUAUGGGAGCAUAUGUUGCUUUUCUGACUGCACUCCGCCUGAAAGAAAAACAUCAGGAAGAACCUAUGCAUCUCUUUGUGUCAAGUAUAACACCUCCUCAUUCCAAGACCCGGAUUUUCAUUAAUGAAGGCUUGUCAGAAGAAGAAAUCAUUUACCACCUUACCCAACUUGGAGGCACUCCCAAGGAUAUUAUUGGUGAUAAGGACUUUCUCAAACACAGUUUCCCUAAACUGAAAGCAGAUAUAUACAUUAUCAAUAAAUUCAUCUUUGAGAAACCUUCUGAGCCUGUCCUUUCAUGUGACCUGACAUGUUUUUUUGGAUCGGAAGAUAAAGUACAGAAUUUGGAAGCCUGGAAAGAUCUAACCAGUGGAAGUUUUGAUAUUUGCAAGCUUCCAGGAAAUCACUUUUAUCUCCUAGAGCCCAGCAAUGAAACCUUCAUCAAGAACUAUAUAUCCAAGUGUCUAGAACUGUCAAUGAUUGCCAACAAUUAGUCAGUCUUUCCACUGUGUCUUAAAAUAGAGUGGUUUAGUGGAUAGGCUUCUGACUUUUCUGCGAGAGCUACUAUUGGGUUACUGUUUUUUAAGGUGGUUUAUAGACCUGGGUACAAAAGGCAAAUGGGGAAGGAAUACUUCUGGUGUGAUUCUUUACUUGUCUCUUACACUCUCAUUUGAAUCUCAUAUGGAAAGUUCAUUAACAAAAUAUCUGCUACACACACCAUCAGUCAGUGAAUAAUCCAUUUUUCUUGCCUCAAUAAUUAAAAAAAAAACUUUUUUUUUUUAAACAGAGCAAGACAAAAUGGGUGGAGGGCAGCGGGGAGGGGGGACUGAGAGACACUGACCAACUACAGCACCAAUGUAAUGGAAGCUGGUUUGGAACUCAGAUCAUAUGCAUGACAAAGCAGUGUGCUAUCCAAGGGAGCUAUUUUGCUCCCUACCCCCCCUUCCCACACACAUACUCCCAAUCAUUUAACAGUGAAAAUAAUAGACAGGAGAAAUGCUUGAAAUUGUUUCCACACUACUGACUCCAAACUUGAUCUAAUUGUUUGAAAUAUAAGGGUGGUCUAUUGAAUAAAAACAAAGAGGGGUGGGAAGUGUGGGUAGUAAGAUGACACUAGA